CGGUUUAGUCUUGAAAAGCUGAAAACUUGAAUUUUUUUUGUUUUCCCCAAUCAAAAAUCAAGAAUCAAUCAUGACGAGGCCAACGACUCCUCAUCAGUCAAUCUCCUCGCCAGGACGAGCAUCUUCUACCAGCUCGAUGAGUAGACUGCGAGCUAGUACUGUCCGGUUUUCACAGAGGAAAGCCCCGUCGCAGCCCCCGUCCGCUCAUCCUCGUGCGGUGGUGACGAACAUGCUUCUCGGCCUGCUUGCCUGCGAUGGCCCUCUACCCGCAAUCGCGGUGUGGGAUCGGCUUUUCGGGAAAGGAGCGUGGGAUCGGGAUCUCGGGCAAGCAUUUUCCUCCACGACGAGUGGAAGUGGGGAGAAGAAUUCUGAAGCUUCCAUAUCAAUAAAACGAAAAAUCCCCCCUCCCCAUAUCAAAAAGGAAAUUUGUGAUGCUGAUUUGUGACCACAAAUCUACUUGUAUUGCUAGAAGGCCAAAAGACGCGGCUGUUUCUUCGUUCGCAGGAAAUUUGUCAUGCUGUUUCCCCUUUCCAGUUGCUUCCUGUCAUGCUGAAGACGCAAAGCUUUCCCACCCCAGCCAGCACUGUCAGUGCUGGCUGGGGGAAGAGAUGCAGACUUCAGUCUGAAGUCUGCAUCUCUUCCCUUCUAGCAUGACAACGCGAUUUGUGAUCACAAAUCAUGCUAUACAAAUCUCCCUUUGAGUAUGGGGUGGGGGGAUUUUUCAUGGUAAUAUUCCACACCAGCAACUCCAGCGUCGUUGUCUCCCCGAGGCGCAGCUGCACCUACUGAACUUCAUCCCGGCGCCUCGCCUCAACACAAAGCAGGUAGUUCCAAGGGCCGGUGGAUCAUGGGGCAGGCUGGUUCAUCUGCAGCGGCUCCUGAAGGGAAAAAUCAUCUCGGCGGCAGCACGACGGAGCCGCUGGCGCUGCCGGGCUCCGUUCUCCAAAACACGGACGAACAUAACGCGAGCGCCGACCUUAACCUUUCUGAUAUUACCGAUGCGCUUGUUUCGCCAGGAACCACGAGCCUGGAGGACGGGGAGCAGGACGUUGAUCAAGAGGAGGCGACUGGUGUGAUUGGUUCUCGCGAGCAGGAUGCUGCGUCUGGAACGACGUCCGCGAGCUCCACUUUCAUCGAGCAAGAAAAACAACAAGAAGGCCGCCAAGUACUAGAGGACCCGCUGGUCUCUGGCUCAGUCGGUGAGGACGAGAGCAUGGCGGACAAUGCGAACAAAGCGCAGGCUGUCAAAACUGAAACAGCUGCGGAGGCGAGCAGCAACAAGGACGCGGCGGCAAAAUCUUCACCGGUAGGCACUACUUACUUAAGUAUUUCCAAUGUUCUUAAUUUGCCAGUGCAGCAUGUGCAAUUGGAGAACUUCAAUUUUAUUCAGGAACGAAAGAUAGUUGUACGACUGAUCAUCAUGAUACCAACGAACAAAGACUAAGACACAUAAACUUCUCAUCCCUAUGCAGGUGGUGCUGCAGGAGAAAAAGCACGUCACUGGCGGUGUUCCGGACCAGAAAGCUUUGUCGGAGACCACAAACACAACCACGCUUUUGGACAUUUUUCCGCGCUCCUCCAUGCAAUGGGCAACUAGCCGCGCCGCGCAGGCACUGGGUCGCGCAAAAGAAGCUUAUGGUCGAAUGAGGGAAAACGCAGAGCAACGCCGCUUCCAGAACAAGGAAAAGCAGCUCCAGUAUUUGGAACUUAGGAAAAAAAUCCUUGAGAGUCACGUGAUUCCCCUGCUGGAGCUUGAUGCACCGGGAGGUGCGGGGAAUUCUACUGAAUCACCUCAGCCCGCCCCUGUGCAACCGAUGGGUAUGACCACGACGAAAAUCCGUAUUCGUCGUUGUCUCAUGGCUUCCAUUGCGGGAGUUACGAAGAUGAAAGCUCAUCGGCGACAGCACCCACUUUCGCCAUGAUUCAAAGCAAUGUUUUCAGUAGACAGUCUGCUGUUCUCAACCUGAUGAUAUGUUACGUGCAUAGACCUAGUAGACGUAGACCACUGACUUUCGGCUUUUUCUUGUCAUAGUGGUACCGGCAGGGCCGUGGAAUCAAUUUCGAGAGUUUCAAGUCUAUUUUCCCAUCUUAGUGAGCGAGCAGGAUGACUGGUUGUUUUUAGAUUAGAUGCGACCGCCUCUCUGUCUCUGAGCUAUUUGUUCCAUCUUCCCGCACUUUCAAAGCGAGGCGGGACGCUGCACAUCGAAAGGGGCCAUUAUCUUUACACAGUACUGUAGAAAGUGGCAGGCCGCAACACCGUGGCUCGUGGGAGUGUCGCGCUCGGGCUCGGGCCUCAGAAAGUAAAUAGACGGAGUUGAGAGUAGAUGAGGUUUCUUGAUAAACGAGCACUAUCCUCGCAUCCAGAAGCUCUGUUGCGAGUCAGUGCGUGACUUGCAUGUGCGAAAGUGGGCGCAUUUUUGUCACAUUGAUACAGAUACCGAUCGAGCACUACUUCGUCACUUUUCGACUACCGGGGGCAACUGCAGAUAUCGUAGUCGAAUAUAAUGCGGGCGGUGGCCCGGAAAUUUACUCUGAAUCAUCUGAAACAGAAAUACUCUGGGAAGACGACUUCCGCUUUUUCGCAGCUAUGUAUCAUGACGGGUUUGUGGCAACAGGCUUAGCAACUGGCGAACCGGAAACCGAAGAAGAUGAUAAAUCCCUCUACACUAACCUCGUCGGGGGAAGUGUUCCGAAGAUGUUGUCGAGAAACUACACAUACUGGGGGGGGAUGACACUGCGGAUACCGGACCCAGUUCCGUCGCCCAUGAAGUCACUUGUUUGCUUCAAGGUGCUGUCUUUGUUCGGGAAAAACUGGAAAAAAAAACUCGACUUAGAAGAAACGAUUGAAGAAGCGACGAAGGAGGAGGAAGAGAUUGGGAAAAAAC